AUGGAACGGGACUACAAAGCCCGCAAAGAGGCCUUCGUUUCCAAUCUUGCCGGGGGCAGCAUCGACGAGAUCAACGCCGUUGCACUGGUCGCUUCAGCUCUUCUUCAGGUCUCGGCGCUGUUAUGGUCAACGCUACAGUCGCGCCUUUCCUUCUUCACUCCUUACACUCCGGCGGCGCUCCUGACUGACUUCCUGCUCAACGUCGGCGGCAUCCUCUUUGCGACCACCAUAUACUCCGCGUCCCCUCUACUGCUGAAUAUCCUGCUCCUAUCCCCCGUCGCUCUCAUCCUCCUGACUUCUAGACGUGUUCGUCCGCGCCAGAAACAAGCCAAGCCCUCGCGACACGCCCAACAAAAUGCCACGCAGACACAAAACCUCGCCCCGUUUCCAGUACACCCCUUCCUGACCACAUACCGCGCUGCCAUGAUGGUAGUGACUUGCAGCGCAAUCCUUGCCGUUGACUUCCCCAUAUUCCCUCGUCGAUUCGCAAAAGUCGAGAACUGGGGCACCUCACUGAUGGAUUUGGGCGUUGGAUCAUUUGUGUUCUCGGCGGGCGUCGUGUCAGCUCGUGCAAUUCUCAAAACCCAGGUGACGGCGAAAUCGGCAUUGUCUCGACAAUCGAAUCUCUUUCAGAGACUGGUCGCUGCGUUCCGGCACUCCAUACCUUUGCUGGUAUUGGGUCUGAUUCGUUUGUACAGCGUCAAGGGCCUCGAUUAUGCCGAGCAUGUGACGGAAUACGGCGUGCACUGGAAUUUCUUCUUCACGCUGGGCCUAUUGCCUCCUUUCGUCGAGAUCUUCCACACGCUAUAUUCUGUCAUCCGGUCAUACGAGGUUCUGACACUUUUGAUCAUCACUGCUUACCAGGUUACUCUUGAGUCUACGGACUUGAAAGCUUAUAUUUUGGUAUCACCACGCGGCCCAGAUUUGCUGUCCAAAAAUCGCGAAGGCGUAUUCUCUUUCAUCGGGUACCUCGCCAUUUUCCUCUCUGGCCGUGCGACGGGGCUACGAAUCAUCCCUCGCGGCACAACCGAUAUCAAACCCUCUGCAGCACAACAGGCCAGAAGGCGAGUGCUAGUUUCUCUAGCCAUCGCGGCAAUAAGCUGGUCAGUCUUCUUCAUAUUCAAUUCCACCCCGGCUUUCGGCUACGGUGCUGGGAUCCCCGUAUCCCGCCGCUUGGCGAACAUGCCAUAUGUGCUUUGGGUUUCUGCGUUUAAUAAUGCGCAGAUUCUCCUCUUCUGUGUCACGGAGACUCUUCUUUUCCCCUCAGUGCACAGAGCGACAGACAAGGAGACCGAGAGGCAAGAAACCAAGUUUGCGACCAGCCGUAUCAUGGCGGCCUUCAAUAAGAAUGGGCUGGUCGUUUUCCUGGUGGCGAACCUGCUUACGGGCGCCGUGAACCUGUCGUUCAAUACUUUGGAUGCGAAUGCCUGGCAAUCGCUGGCUAUUUUGAUCGCCUACAUGGCCCUGGUCACGGCUUUUGCGCUGGGUCUGGAUGCGUCUGGGCUGAAGCUGAAGAUAUAG